AUGCGAAUCUUCCCAAUUGACGAAAAUCUUAAAAAUUAUCGUCUUCAUAAGAUUGGUAUUCGAGAAAACCUUCUUUAUAUUUCACCGGAUCGUAAUGAUUCGAUAGAAAUUUGGUCGAUACACACUUUUGUCGCUAAUUCGUGGACAAGAAUUAUUCACAUACCUCUAAUCGAGAAAUUAUUUACAUCUUUUGCGAUAAGCCAACAACAACCAAUUAUUUAUGAUUCGAUGACAUUUGUGAUAAAAAAUGAACAGAUUUAUGGUAAAUUGAAGGAUGACCGUUGUAGUCGUUUCCCAAUCGUCAUAGAUGGUGAUAUAAGAAAAAUUUUAAAAAUUUACGAUAAUCAUGAAUUAGUAGUUUAUGACGGCAACAAAAACUGUUGGAAUACAUAUUUUCCUUCACCAAAAUCGUGCAUCAAUCUAAAUAGCUUAACUGCUCGAGGAAUCGGAGAAACAUAUGGCCGAAAUGGUCAUCGCGUAGGUGCUGUUGAAUCGCUUUUGACUAUAUUUAUCGAUGAAGGAAUAUGCAUUGCUAAGAUAUACAGAAAUAAUUUUCAUUCAUUUUUCUAUAUAAAACUGAAUGAUGAAAAGCGUGAAUACGUAACUGAAGGCGCAUCUCGAUGCAAAUUACCAUUUUUUAUACAGCAAAGUAACGAAUUUUGCCGCGCUUCAUCAAAGACAGAAAUAGUUCAGUGGACUGUGUGUACGAAGUCUCAGUUUGUCUUCAUUUGUAAAAAUGGUAUAGCUUUAUUGCCGUUACAACCUCCAACACUUAAAGAAUCGGCUUUCCUCUCAAUUCAACAAAAAUAUUCCAAUAUAAUCGCGAAUAAAUGGUUCGGUGGUAUUUCUGAACAACAAAUUAAAGAUUUAUGCUUCUGCACUAUGGAGCGCUCUCUUUUAUUGUAA